CCACUCGAUAGCAUCCUCCCCAUUUUUGCCUGGCCCCUCGACUUUCUCGCCCGCCUCCUCGGUUUCCUCCUUCUGUACAACACCGGCCUCCAGCUUCUCCAGGCAGGCUUCGAGUCGUCCAGCUCUCCACCCCGCCUCAAAACCCUCUUGUCGACAUUCAUCAUCUCUUCCCUCCUCUCACUUAUCCCCUCCUUCCUCUUCGACGCGUCGCACCACUUCGGCGCGCUUUGGUGUUUCUUCCUUCCCGCCCUGCUAUUCGUGACGCCAAAGAGAGGAGGUGCGACCGUGGCGGUGAUGAUCUGCGACACGCUCUUCGCGCAGAUAGGGGAUGUGAUCACCUCGGUGGUGCCGGCGAGCUUUCAGGGGAAGGAGGGGAGGACGUCGAUGAUGAUCGCUGGAGCUGUCGUUGCUGCCCUAUUCUGGGUAGGAUACCUCGGCGCCCUCGGAUCGUACAUGGCCGUAUGGACUGUGUUGACCUUCCAUACCAUCCACGCCAUCUCCAAGCCUAUCGAGGACAAGGCGGACGCCAGCGCGUACAAGGAACAGCAGACCGUCUGGCACAAUCUCCUUGCAAUCUGGCUGUGGCGAUACCUCUUCACUGCGGUCGAGGGCGUGUCAGUUCCGGGCUUGAUGAGCGUCAUCGGUCUGGUCACCUUCUACCUCCCGAGCUACUUCCUAUGGCUUACCGCCUUCUUCUUCGGGAUGUUGAUGACCAAGAAGGUUUCGGAGAGUCGAGUGAGUCUGGAUAUAGUGAGGUGGAUAUCGGCUGAUCAGUCUAGAAAGCGGCGACGUGGUACGCCAAGUGGUUGA